AUGAAGAGGGAUGUGAUCGCAACUUGGACCCUGGCUACGCUUCUAGCCGAUGUUAUCCCGGGCGCCUUCAUCAUCGAGUGGGAGGACAACAAAGAUCCCGGAGACAGCUUCUACGAGGAUCUAGGCAUCAAAGUUGAGCCGCGCAAAACAUUCAACUAUCGACUCUUCCACGGUGCCUCGUUUCGACUCGACAAUGCCACCGGUGAUGAGAGCGGGGAAAUUGCCGACCAGAUCGCCGCGAGGCCAGAAGUCAAGAGCAUAUGGCCUGUCAAGGUCAUCAAGAUGCCAGCGCCCAACCCAGUCAUGACUGAAAAGAAUGCAACAGCCUCCGCCUCAUCCGGCUCGAGGACACGUCGGGAUACCGAGAAAGAUGUCUUCACACCUCACGUGAUGACCCAGGUCGACAAGCUCAGGGCUGAGGGUUUCACCGGCAAGGGCAUUCGCAUUGCCGUUGUUGACAGCGGCGUCGACUACACGCAUCCAGCCCUCGGCGGCUGCUUUGGCAAGGGGUGUUUGGUAGCCUAUGGCCGGGAUCUUGUCGGUGACUACUACUUGCCGCCGGAAAAGCCGGAACCUGACGACGAUCCGUAUGACAACUGCGUCGGCCAUGGGACUCAUGUCGCAGGCAUCAUCGCGGCUCAAUCCAACGAACUGAAUUUUACCGGCGCUGCCCCAGAUGUUACUCUUGGCAUGUACCGAGUCUGGGGUUGCACAGGGCUAUCAACCAACGAUAUCAUGCUCGACGCUUUCAACGCCGCCUUUGAAGAUGGGAGUGACAUCAUCUCAUAUUCUGCCGGGUACUACACGGGUUGGGCUAAUGAUCCCUGGGGAAUAGCGGCUUCCCGCAUUGCUGCGGAGGGCGUGUCAGUCAUGGUGGCUCCAGGGAACGGUGGCUCAUCGGGUCUGUUUUUGACCGCUUCUCCAGCUACAGGGGUUAAUGUGAAUGCCGUCGGUUCGGUUCAAAACACGAUUAAUCCUCUGCUUCUCACUGCUGCGUCUUACACGGUGGAUAAAGAUAUCCGCUCCUUUGGGUUCCUCAACGGAGGUCCUGGUUUCAAAGAUAAUCUAACACUGCCGUUGUGGGCUGUGAGCAGUGAUACGACUUCGAAAAAUGACGCCUGCUCGUCUUUGUCGGAAGAUACGCCCGACCUGUCUUCGAGGAUCGUCCUUGUCCGUGUCGCCGAUAGCUCGGAGUGCGGCUCCUGGCAGCAGGGUGGCAACGUGGCUGACAAGGGGGGCAAGUACAUGAUAUUCUACAGCCAGACUAACUCAUCUUUUGAAGCCAUCCUCCCCUACUCAGAUGGCCUUGAAGGUGUUGGGGUUGUGACACCGGGUCAAGCUGCAGAAUGGAUAUCUCUCCUCAACCAAGGAUCAACUAUCACCAUCGACAUUACUGAUCCCAGCGUGGCUGGCCAUCACUAUGAGCCAUUGGAAAACCUGGAAUCAGGGGGUCUCACCAGCCUUUCAAGCUCCUGGGGACCGACUUGGGAGGUUGAGUCAAAGCCUCAGUUCACAGCACCAGGCGGGAACAUUCUUUCGACGUACCCGAUGAACAUGGGAGAGUAUGCCGUCAUGUCUGGGACCUCUAUGGCUACACCACUAGCAGCCGCCAUAUUUGCACUUGUCGCACAGGCCCGGGGAUCUCGUGAUCCAUUUGAGCUGCGGAGCGUCAUAUCUUCCACCUCCAAGCCUAACCCGUGGUUUGAUGGUACCACUGCUCAUGACAUACUGGCGCCUGUUGCACAGCAAGGUUCAGGGCUCAUUCAGGCUCACGAUGCUGCACAUGCUACCACGGUGCUCAGUGUGAGUCAGAUCUCGUUCAACGACACAGAUCACUUCUCUGGCCGCAAGAAAUUCAGCAUUAAGAAUACGGGAGAUAAAUAUGUGACGUAUAAGCUGGGACAUACCAAAGCUGCUACGAUGUACACCUUUGCUGCUGGAUCACACUCGGCUGCAGCAUUUCCCAAUCCUAUCGUCGAUGAUUGGGCCGAGCUAUCAUUUUCUCCCAAAGAGUUGGCUGUUCCAGCGGGUUCAUCUGGUGAAGUGAGCGUCACGGCUAUCCCACCCAAGAACGUCAAUGCAACACAGCUACCCGUAUACAGCGGCCUUAUCACCCUCUCGGUAGACAAUGGAAAAGCAUACAGUAUCCCUUACAUGGGCGUUGCAGGGAGCAUUAGCAAGACUCCCGUAUUGCUGCAAGGCGUUGAGUAUGGAACUUUCCUGGGCACCUAUGGCCGACCAGAACCAGCCAACAAGACAUUUACCAUCCCCCAACCUGGUACAACUCCACCUCCAGGUAGCCAAGUCGAAUACCCAAGCAUUGUAGCCAGUCUACUCUUCGGAACGCAAAUUGUCCGAGCAGACGUCGUGGCGCUGACGGACACGGAACUCCCCGUCACCAAAUUCUUCUCCGUUCGCAGCAUCGGGAACAUGCCCGGAUUUCCGGAUGUUUGGGUAAUCCGGAGGAACUACAGGCUCGGCUUUACAGGGGAACUUGCUGAUGGGACAGUUGUUCCCGCAGGCAGGUACAAGAUUGUUUUCAGCGCUCUGAGGGUGUUUGGUGAUGCUGAGAAGGAGGAUGACUGGGACUUUGCUGAGACAGUGCCUUUUGAUAUCAAGUAUCUGUAG